CGGGCGGGCGGGCGGCUACAUUACAGAACAGAAGCGACGACGGCAAGAGGACAAACGAGUCGAGGGGAAACGAACAGGGAAGGCGAGGGGAAAUUCACCCGCAUCGACGAGAGCUGCCGGUCACCGGCCCGAAUCGGAGCCCCCGGUUCCCGCUAGUUCUUCAGGUGAUUUUUGGAAGAACGAACGAGCUGUGCUGAUUAGUGGGGGAUUCAGUUGUUGCGUUCUAUGGAGGUAGAAUAAAAGUUACCUCAGGUGCUGCACUAGGAAGAUAACUGCAUGUCAAAGGAGGGUAUCAAACCAAUGUUCCAUAUGACUGUCUAGUUUAUGAAUGUUGCUCCUGUUUUAUCACCUGAAGGCCUAGCACACAAUCAUCCUUUAUUGAUGGCUCAGACUGGAAACUUGAGCCAACGCGAUCACACAAUUGACAUACCAAUGAGUGAUGGUACCUCCCCAUCAACAUCUCACCAGGAUGAUCCCAGUGGCUUGGAUGAGUUGCAUCACAGCAGAGGUCCUUCAAAUGAAGUUCCACCAGGACCAGAAAGAUCUUCUGGCACAAAUGAUGCAUCUGACUCUCAUAAUGCAUCCUCUGCAAGAAUAGAUCGAGGCCAUCGUCAACAGAAUCCUUUGAACUCUGGCUUCUGGAUCUCAAUCGAGCUUAUUGUAAACCUUAGCCAGAUUGUAGCAGCUAUUGCUGUUCUGUCUGUAUCAAGGAAUGAGCACCCACACGCUCCAUUAUUUACGUGGCUUCUUGGCUAUACAAUCGGUUGUAUCGCUAUUCUUCCACAUCUUUAUUGGCGCUAUCUUCACCGCAACCGCCCGAACAUGGAGCAGGAGAUGACACCACAAAGUUUGUCAGAACGGAACAUGUCUGAGACUAAUUCUUAUGCAGCAGUCUCAUCUCCUCGCACAUCAGAAGCUGUGGACGGUACCAACAGUACUGGAGUCUCAAGAAUGAACUUACCACUGGCAAGUCCAAGGUUUUACGCAAUGGUCGCUUGCUUUAAAUUGAUGCUGGAUUGUUUCUUUGCUGUCUGGUUUGUCGUGGGAAAUGUGUGGAUAUUUGGUAGUCGUUCUUCUGCCCAUGAUGCCCCUAACUUGUACAGGAUCUGUAUAGUAUUUCUUGCGUUCGGCUUCAUUGUCUAUGCGCUGCCUUUCAUUUUAUGUACAAUGAUAUGCUGCUGCCUGCCCUGUAUAAUAUCCAUUCUGGGCGUCCAUGAGGAUUUGGAUCUGAACAGAGGCGCUACCACGGAGGCGAUCAAUACCUUGGUGGCUUACAAGUUCCAAUCGAAAAGAGUUCAUGAUGGGGAUGUGGGAGAAGAUGGUGGUGGAGUCUUGGCGGCUGGAACUGACAAGGAGCGAAUUAUUUCUGCAGAAGAUGCUAUUUGCUGCAUCUGCCUGUCAAAGUUCUCAAACAAUGAAGAUUUGCGCGAACUUCCUUGUGCACAUGUCUUCCACAUGGAAUGCAUAGAUAAAUGGCUCCAGAUAAACGCGUUGUGCCCUCUUUGCAAGGCUGAGAUAGGGGGCUCAACAACAAGUAAUCCGGAGAGUGGCUCUGUGGGUCCUGACAACGCCAACAGAGUAGGCAAUGACGUCGAGUCACAACGGUAGCUGCUCUUGGCCUUUUCCAUGACCAUGAAGAGGUUGAUGCGGACUAAUUAAACUGAUGAACAUAUAACAAACUACAAGUAGGAAGGUUACACACUGUAUGGUCCAACAAGCCCUUUUUUUUCCUGAUGGACUUGUUUCAUAUUGGCAAUGUAGUAUUUCCUGCUACAGUGCAGAGCAGUGUGUUCAGCAUUGUUCUUGGCUGAUACAUUUUCGCGUAGAAACCAUGUCUGCUGGAUGCUGGUGGUGGCCACCUAAGAUGACCCCACGGCGUUGGUGGUUGACGCUAUGUUGCUAACCUCCUUGCUGUUAGAAGUUGCCUAGUGACUGUCUCCUUGUAUAUAAAAUGUGACCUGAUCAGCUGGCACCCCUGCAGCUCCUGUAAUGGUUAUUCUUGUACAUUGCAUAGAUUCAUGUAUAUAUGCUAGGUAAUUGGUACUACAUGUCUGCAAGGUACAAUUUCGUCCUAUUCCAAAGAUGUAUGCAUGCAGGUCUCUGUAACAGCGAGGCAAUAGUAAACUGGGUGACUGUAAGUGCACAGACAGAUCUAUCCAUGAUGAAAAAGAGAGCACAUAAAUCCGUGAAUUA